ACUUGAAGUCAGCUGAUGGUGUCAGAGUUGUCAACUGGGGCUCGAGCGGUGUCAGCUGGGGUCCAAUUGGUGUCAACUGGGGUCCAAUUGGUGUUAACUGGAGUCUAAUUGGUGUCAACUGGGGUUCAAUUUGUGUCAGAGGUACUUACCUAUCAGUGACUGAGAGCAGUAGUGUCAACCGCAUCUCAAUAUGGGUCAAACCUCCUCCAGCGGGGUCAAGGCCCACUUGGAGACGGCUCAGAAGACAGGCAUACUGGUUUUGUCCAACAGGAAGCUAGCAGAGUUACCUGACUUAUCAAGCAUAAGCAAGGUCGUCAGGACUCUGGACCUUUCUCAGAACAAGUUAAAUGUAUUGCCACCAACUGUAUGUGACCUCUCCAAUCUCAAGCACUUGAAUUUAAAUUCAAACAAAAUUAGUAAUCUGCCAGAAGAAACAGGAAGCCUGACAAAACUGGAAUCAUUGUCUUUGAUGUCAAACCUCAUUGUUUCCCUGCCAGCAUCAAUGUCUGAUCUCAAGCAUCUUAAAUCUGUCAUACUCAGCGAUAACAAGAUUACAGAGUUCCCAUUGGCACUGUGUGGGCUGCCCCAGCUAGAUGUUGUAGAUCUGAGUGGCAAUCAUAUCACAGUUAUUCCUGAUGGCAUAGAUGAACUGCAGACAGUGGAACUAAAUCUAAAUAUGAAUCAGAUAUCUACAAUAUCUCCGUCUGUGGCCGUAUGUCCCCGCUUGAAGACUCUACGCUUGGAGGAGAAUUGCUUAACACUAACCAGUUUACCUGUAGAGCUCCUGGUUGACUCUCAAGUAUCACUCCUCUGUGUGGAUGGCAAUUUGUUCAAAAUGAAAGAAUUUGAAGAAGUGGAAGGAUAUGCCAAGUAUAUGGAGAGAUACACAGCAGUUAAGAAGAAGAUGUUCUAAACCAAUGCCUUAAAAAAUAAGUUGCAGCUGGGUGUGUGUGAUGCAGUCUGCAAACAAACAUGAAGAAGAGGAAAAAUAGAGGUACACAGUCAUCAAGAUGUUAAACAACUUUCUAAAAGUUUUAAAUCUUUCUGUUUCUGGAUGCAUUCUUUCUUUAUAGGGUUCAGUAGGUUGUAGCCCAACUGAAGAACUAGCUCUCUUAUUAAUAUUUUUUUCAUAUUUUGGAUCCUUGUGUUAGUUGUCUUAAUAUUUUGUUCAUUUUUAUUUUCAUACAAAAAUUCUUUGUGAAGAUAGCCCAUAUUAUGCUAAAGAGGUAUUGAAAACAAAUACAUGCCGUGCUGUAGGUUACUAUACUGUACGUCAGUUGCUGUUUAAGUACAGUACAGUGCAUCAUUACUGUACACUAAUUUAAUAUUGAAUUCCUGUUGUACCUGUGAGAAAUAAGAUCUGGGUUACAUUCAUUGUAUUUAAUACAUGGUGUCAUUACUGUUCAUUAUAUUAAAGAUUUUGUGGGUGCCAGUAAUGAAGCACAGCGCUAGGAUCAUAUAGUCAGUUAAAUAUCCUGAAUUUUGCUGCCCUUCUCCUGUCAUGGCACUUGAAGGUUACAGGGGUAUGAAUGGUAAGCGGUGUGUUUUGUAAACUGUAUAAUCUUACUCUCUCCUAUACAGUGUGUUUUAUAAGCUGUAUAAUCUUACUCUCUCCUAUACAGUGUGCUUUGUAAGCUGUAUAAUCUUACUCUCUCCUAUACAGUGUGUUUUGUAAGCUGUAUAAUCUUACUCUCUCCUAUACAGUGUGUUUUGUAAGCUGUAUAAUCUUACUUUCUCCUAUACAGUGUGUUUUGUAAGCUGUAUAAUCUUACUCUCUCCUAUACAGUGUCAGUUCAAUUUUAAAUGUCAAAAUUACAAAAGGGCACUGUGGUCUAUGAAUACCAUGGUGAUAAUGCAGUGCUAUUCCAGUAUGGGAAUAAAGUUACACUUGCUUCCCAAGAGUGAAUAUAAUAUUUAAUUUUCUUCUUUAAAUCUGCCUUGGAAAUGUCGCUGAAAUCAAAUCUGUCACUGCAGUGUGAUUGUGCAAUUGAAUGUGCCAUCUGCUUGUGAUCAUCGGGUAAAAUCUAAUGCCCUGGUAUGUUCAAGGUAUGUUUUUAAUAGCGCAUACAGCAGUUUUUUUUCCAUUAGCUUUACCAGUACAGUACAAUUUUAAAUAUUUUAUUACAACUUCAAAAUACUGAAAACUUUGCAUCUUAAUUAGGACCUGAUCUUGUACAAUAUAUUAAUCAGAAUUUGUAAUUAAUAAUGCUAGUGAAAAUCUACUUUACUAUUGUAUAAGUUCAGUGAAAAGAUGAUGCCAAUAUUUGGGAGCUUCCUCUGUGAUUCCAAGUUUUUAAAUUAAUUAAAUUAAGCAGGGCAAAUUUUCAUAGUGUCUCUUGGGUAUCUAAAAUAUUGAUGUUAGAUGGAAUAAAAAUGCCUUGCAUAGCUGGGGAGCCACUUACAAAGAUUUUGUCUAAGACAAUGGCUUUUCAAAAGUAACACAAACAAAAAAUAAACAAUACCAACAAUCCAAAAGGUCAAGUACUGUGUUUACACAAUAGUUCAGUGGCUACUAAUCACCCCCUAAAUGUCAAAUUUUGUGCCAAUUCUUCAACAACAAUGCAAGAAGGUCUGUAAUUUUAAAGUUUGAUCAGUGCUGUUGCUGAUUAAUAUACAAAUUGGCUUCCAACAUCUGUCCUUCAUUUAGCUCUGUUAAUGUAUAAGCAAUUUAGCUUCUCCAUACUGAAUAUAAUGCCUGGAAUAACUUUUAUGAUCAACUAAUAUCUUUGAAUACAAAAAUGUUCUAGUUAUA